AGAGAAAUAUGUACACGUGGACGUCUUCCUAAAAGGCCACGUGAAAAGGACCAGCUUUAUAUUCUAAUCACAGUUGUUAAGAAAUGCAAUUCCAGUUCUAGUUAAAAGAUUGCACCGAGGAAUCAAAAUAUCAAAAUGCAAUCGAUUCUAAAGUAUUCUUACGUGAUAAUUCUUGGACUUAACUUAGUGUCUGUUUGUCUUUCUUUGCCACAGCAGCAGCAAGAAAAUCACCAACAAGUUCCUGUUGGCGAGGAACCGCAGUUAGUGAUGCAAGUGUUAGUUCAGGCUACAGAUUGUCCACGGAAGUCUAAGGAUACAGACAUUCUAGUGAUUCAUUAUGAAGGUUAUUUUGAUAACGGAACAAAAUUCGAUUCCAGUCGGGACAGACCGGGGGCCGUUCCGUUCCAAUUCCAGCUUGGUGUAGGACAAGUCAUUCAAGGAUGGGAGAAAGGGCUCCAGAGCAUGUGUGCAGGCGAGAAACGCAAGCUUUCUGUACCCUCCAAACUGGCAUACGGCGAACACGGCUCAGGAACCAUCAUUGCCCCACACUCUGAUCUAGUGUUCGAAGUAGAGUUGAUCCAAAUCCAUGAUGGUCCCAAGCCACCAAAUGUAUUCAAGCUCAUCGAUAUCGACAACGAUAACCACCUGACCAAGGACGAGAUGAGUAUGUACCUGGCAAGACAAGCGCAUGUUCAAGGAAUUCCUGUGGAUUUGGCGGCAAAACAGCAAGAAAAAGUCCUGGACAACCUAUUCAAUUAUGAGGAUAAGGAUGGAGACGGAACAAUUUCCCAUGAAGAAUUCAGUGGUCCAAAGCAUGAAGAAUUGUAGAAAUCUAAAAACAAUUACAGAAACAGUGAUAGAACCUAUUCUAAGUCGGUGUCCAAAAGCCAAUCAGUAAACUUGACAACAACGCUCGUGCGCCACACUCAAUAUAAUAUAAUAAUAUAUAUAUAUAUAUAUAUAUAUAUAUAUAUAUAUAUAUAUAUAUAUUUCGUACUCUGUAUUUGAAUUAUAAAACUUCUAAUUUGUUGUUUGAACAUGAAAUAUCUUGCCUGAGUGGCACGUGCAAUUGCAACUAAGGUUAUCGGGUUUAUGUGUUGUGGUGACAGUGAAGUUGCUUACAGCUCAAAUAUCGGCAUACUAUAAAACCUGGCUUGGCCUCAAAGUUGGCCUCCAAAUAUCUUUUUGGCCUCAACCAAAAAGGUUUUUUUUUUUUUAAUUGUGAUUAAUUUCAUUGAUUUAUGGCUGGUUUUAGUUUUUCUGAGAUAUAGACGAUGAAAGAUAUGUGAGGUGUUUUUUUUACACAUUCAAAUAAAUCUGUCCUUAUAAUGACUUUGAAUUGAAGAGCAGCACACAUUGAGAAUAAGGCAUAUGAUCUUGCUUUCAUUGUAAAAAUACAACAAUGAUUGAAUGCGACUUUCCUUUUUUUAAAUUUUCAAUGCAUGAUGGAUGACAUUUUUAUCAAAAUAUGCACAGUGAAAAAUUUGCUGGCAAAGAUAUUAAUAAAGUGCACUGCUAGGGUACAUGAUACCCCUGCAACUAAAUCAUAAA